AUGAACCACGGAUACGACGAUUCAGAUGAGGAAUACGAUUACGCUACUCCCCCUGUCCUCGGAGGAGCAGCAGGAGGAAUGGGCGGGGGUGGACCAAGUGCGUUACUGAGUCAGCUGAUGGGUGGGAUGGGAAGGUACACAUACAGAGCACCACCUCCUUCAGCAUAUGACGAGUACUAUAAGGCAUACUCUGUGGCUGUUAUGGGAGGACGAGAAAGACCAGAGUUGAUGUAUGGUGGAAAGAUCAUCAUGCCCCCCUCAGCUUUAGCUAAACUAUCCGCACUUGACAUCCCAUCACCAUGGACAUUCCAGAUUCGCAAUCCCCGUAAUCCCACUGUCCAUCAGACUCACGCUGGUGUACUGGAAUUCAUAGCUGAGGAAGGGAUCGUACAUCUUCCCGCUUGGAUGAUGAAAACGCUUGAUUUGACCGAGGGCGAUCCGAUACGAUUAACAGGUGCGAAAUUACCUAAAGGAAAGAUGGUCAAGAUCCAAGCUCAGUCGACGGAUUUCUUACAAGUCUCAGAUGCUAAAGCUGUGCUCGAAUCUGCUCUUCGAUUCUACUCCGUCCUCACCAAAGGCGACAUUAUCGAAAUCACUUACAACUCCCUCACUUUCGAAUUCCUCAUAAUGGAGACAUAUCCGGAGAACGCACCAGGUAUAUCAGUGAUAGAUACAGAUCUCGAAGUGGAUUUCGCCACUCCGGUGGGGUACGUGGAGCCUCCUCGACUCGCUCCUGCACCUAUCCCGACCAUGGCAGAUAAACUCAAGAUCGAUUUAUCAGAAACCCACUCUGUAUCUGCUGGUUCAUCCAGACCUGGUACCAGCUUGAGCAAUAGAGGUACAACGGGCGGAGCAGGAGGUGGAGGAUCGGGAGACGCCACGCCUAUAGAGAGUUUCACAGGUGUGGGACAGAGUCUGAAUGGGAAGAAGGUGAAAGGGAAAGGAUUAGCGAAGAAGAUUGAACAGGUUGAUCAGAGUAGUAAGAUCAAUCGGAAUGAUGGUCCACGGAUAAUCACACCUGAAUCAUUAGCAGAUGACGGACGAAAAAUACCUGCAGCUCUAGUUCUACCCGAAGGGAAAUUCUUCUUUGGAUUCAAAUACAUCCCAUUCGAUCCUUCCAAAGCGCCUAAGAAGUCCGACGAAAAUUCCGAGUCGACCAAUGGCAGCUUACAACCGUUUGGAGGGAGUGGUCAAACAUUGGCUAAUCGUCCUCCGAAAGGUGCACAAUCACCAUUCAGACAACCUUCUCCACCUCCUGAAUCUAAACCUGAAGUGAAAGAGGAGAAACCUGAUCCAUGGGCUAAUUUAGGAAGUGGAAAUACUCUCAAGAAGUCUGCAACUCAAAUAGCGAAAGAAAAGGAAAAAUCAAGACAGGAGGUUAUAGAUGCUACGAUGUUGGAUGAAGAUGAUUUCAUGUUUGAUGGUGGAGAUGAUGAGGAUGAUGUAAUUGAGAUUGAUUCGGAUUAG